AUGGUCUUCUACGAGCCGGGCAAGACCCCACACGGUCUUCCUCGAGAUCCGUUCAAAUCAUGCGUGGCUCCACGGCCCAUUGGCUGGAUAUCCACCAGAAAUACCACCAGCGGAAUCGCCAAUCUCGCCCCAUUUUCCCAGUUCAACAAUCUAACCUUCGAUCCACCCUACGUAAUGUUCAGCGCAAACCAAGAUAUGAAUUGCAACCGUAAAGACACCGUCAUAAAUGCAGAAUCCUCGGGCGUUUUCUGCUGGAACAUGGCAACAUACUCCCUCCGAGAAGCAGUCAACGCGUCCGCAGAAUGGUUGAAACCCGAAGUCGACGAAUUCGCCAAAGUCGGUCUGGAAAAGAUGCCAGCCGAAUUAAUCGAGUGUCCCAUGGUCAAGGAAUCUCCGAUCAAAUUCGAAUGUCGGUAUCAUUCUACGAUUCGUUUACCGGGUAAUCCUCCAAUGGGAAGUGUGGAUAUUGUGAUUGGAAGGGUGAUUGGAGUGCAUAUCUCGGAGCAUGUCAUUACGGAUGGGAUGGUGGAUUUGGGGAAGGCUAUGCCGAUUGCUAGGUGUGGGUAUCAUCAGUACGUUGUUGUCAAGGGGGAGAAUCUUUUCGAUAUGGUUAUUCCUGGAGAUCCGAAGCAGUUGGUUGGUCUUGAAGGGAAUGCGGAAAAGCAUAGGGUGUUUGUUGAUGGGCAUGGAGUUGAGGCUGGGGAGAGUUGA